ACAAACACAGACACGCAGACACACAGACACACACAGAGACAGAUAUACACAGAGACAGACACACAGACACACGUGCUGGGGAUCUCGUUGCGGCUUGCUGAAAGCGGGAGCUGGGGUACCACAGUGAGAGGGCUCUGGGGCUGCCAGGGCUCUCCAGAGUCCCUGCAUCCUACUAAAUCCUGAGUUUCCUGGGCGCGUGGGUGUGGAUGUCUCAUUUUAGAACGUUUUGCUGGAAAGGAGAUGGCUGGAAGCCAAGCCUUGGGAGCUGAGUGGUUUGCUGAAACCGGGAAAUUCGUGGUCCUCGCUCAGAGAGGACUGGGAACCUGACAGGCUGGGGUGCUGCCCUCGCCACAGGGCACAUCCCACCCCUCCUGCCCAUGCGGGAGGGGCAUACAGCGAGCAACACUAAAAAAUGCAUAUUUUGGCCGAGCACGAUGCGGAAGAGGUUGGGACGUGACACAAUGUCUGGCAGGGCUUCCCCACUCCACGCUCUGCUGAGGGCUGCAGAUAUCAAGGCUUGGCCAGGGCAUCUCCCCUCUGGCCCCUCAAAGGAUGGGGCCCCUCAAAGGAUGGGGCUCUGCCUGGCUCCCCUCCUUCACCCCAAAAGCAGGGGUGGGACGGGCUGCCGGGGUUGCACUGGUGGAGCCAAGCCAAAGCUAAAUAGACUUUCCCUGAGUCACCGAAAGUCUGGCCAAGAAAGCGGGACGAGCAAACGGCAUCACUCACGCGGCCAGCCGGGCACCAGGCACGCGAACCAGCGGGCAGGUAGCAGGUGCCAGCAAGGCCUAAGGGUGUAAAUCUGCACACUGGGGACCUGCCCCAGAGCCGGAAACAGCAGCUCUGGCCCCCAAAAUCUCCAUCUGGGAUGUGGGUUUGGUGCAACUCAGAGCGGUUUCCACCAACAUCCCGAUUCAAGCGCUGAAGGAAAGACUGGGGGGCGGGUCUUUUCUGCUGGGCGGGGAUGCCAAGUCUCCUGGUUUUGUAUCCCACACCAAGCAGCUGCAUCAUUUGGGUUUUUUUUCUUUUUUGGCAAAAACCUUCCGCGGAGCAUUCUACUACCCGAGGGGGACUGGCAGCAGCAGCGUUCUCCAGCCUGCUGUCUUUCCUGAAAACUCUCUGGGUUUCAUUUUCGAGGCUCAGCAGCUGUUGUUGCCAUGCUGGGGGAAGGCGGAAGCUGCUCAGCCCCACACUGGGGCCCUACAGCGGAGCCUCCAGCCCUCCCCUUUCCAGAGGCUGGGAGCCACAAUGCACCAAAGAUCAGGAUGAUCCAGGGUCUCCCUCACUGCCAGCAGCAGGCAGGGCUGGCAAGGCCCUAGCCCAAGACACUUUCCCGGGGUGCAAGAAGGACCUGUGUGCGUUCCCCAUGGAGAUACGAUGCGCUUUACCCCAGGAUAUCCGGGAGUUGCUGCACUGCUUGAAGAUGAGGAGUAAGUACGCCGUCCUGCUAGUGUUCGUCAUCAGCCUCGUCAUCAUCGAGAAGGAGAACAACUUCAUCUCCAGGGUUUCAGACAAGCUGAAGCAGACCCCGCAGGCACUGGCAGAGGCCAACAGCACAGAGGUCAGCCCAACACCGGCCGAGAACGGCUCCCUGGCCUCACUGCAGGAGCUGGAUGCUGCCUUCUCCCAGCUGAGGUCCCACCUGUACAACAUCACCCUACAGCUGGCAGGUGACGGGGACCCCGGGCCACGGAGACAUGUUCUGCUGAUGGCUACCACCCGCACUGGCUCCUCUUUCGUUGGGGAGUUCUUCAACCAGCAAGGCAGCAUCUUCUACCUCUUCGAGCCCCUCUGGCACGUCGAGAAGACAGUGACCUUCCUGCCGGGAGGGGCCAGUGCGGUGGGCUCAGCCCUGGUUUACCGAGAUGUCCUCAAGCAGCUCCUCCUCUGUGACCUCUACAUUUUAGAGAACUUCAUCUCACCAGCCCCCGAGGGCCACCUGACUCCCUUCUUGUUUCGGCGGGGCUCCAGCCACUCACUCUGCGAGGAGCCUGUCUGCACGCCCAGCACCAAGAAGGUCUUCGAGAAGUAUUACUGCAAGAACCGCCGCUGCGGCCCCCUCAACAUCACGCUGGCGGCCGAGGCGUGCCGGCGCAAGCAGCACGUGGCCCUCAAGACGGUGCGCAUCCGGCAGCUGGAGUUCCUGCAGCCUCUAGUGGAGGACCCUCGGCUGGACCUGCGCAUCAUCCAGCUGGUGCGGGACCCCCGCGCCGUCCUGGCCUCACGCAUGGUGGCCUUCUCCGGCAAGUACGAGACCUGGAAGAAGUGGGCAUCUGAAGGGGAGGCUCCCCUGCGUGAGGAGGAGGUGCAGCGGCUGCGGGGCAACUGCGAGAGCAUCCGGGUGUCGGCGGAGCUGGGGCUGCGGCGGCCGGGCUGGCUGAGGGGCCGCUACAUGCUGGUGCGCUACGAGGACGUGGCGCGGGCACCGCUGCAGAAGGCGCGGGAGAUGUACCGCUUCGCCGGGCUGCCCCUCACCCCGCAGGUGGAGGAGUGGAUCGGCAAAAACACGCAGGCGCCCCGCGACAGCAACGGCGUCUACUCCACGUGCAAGAACUCCUCGGAGCAGUUCGACAAGUGGCGGUUCAGCAUGCCCUUCAAGCUGGCGCAGGUGGUGCAGGACGCCUGCGCCCCAGCCAUGCAGCUCUUCGGCUACAAGCUGGCCAGCAGCCCCACGGCGCUGGCCAACCGCUCCUUCAGCCUGCUGGAGGAGGCACAGCCCGCCUGGGUCACGUAACGGCGCGGGGGGAUGGCGGCGGGGCGGAACGAGGGGCUGCGGCCGUGCUCCCGGCCGGUCCGGAGACGACCUGGGGGUCCCUGCUCCCGAAAAGGCUUCUCGCUGCUGCCAGAUGGCAGCCCCGGGAGCCGGAGCAUCCUGGCAGAGCUGGCCGCAGGAUCCUGCAGAGCCUCAAUUACACAAUUUUUCCGGGAAUGGGGAAGUGGUAAGGGUGAGGGGCGGUGGGGUCGGCAGCAGGGCCACCUCCCCAGCUCGGGAGCUGCAUUGAGGAAGAAGAGGGUGAGGCCAAGCAGACGGGAACAGAACCAAGCACCUCUGCCUUGCUACCCCCAUGCCAGCUGGGAUGGGGCAAGGACAAAAUCCCUGUGGUGUCAGCAAGCACCCAGACUCCAGAAACCUUACUGGUUUAGUGCCUUCAUACACCAGCACAGACUGGAAACUGCCCACAGAGCCCUGGAUGGCACUUGGGCUGCAACAAAAUGAGGUGACUUUAUGGUUUGGUGCUCUUCAAACUUGGUUUUGGAGGUUUGGGGUUUUUUUCCUUUUUUCCUGUGUAUUUGCAUACCGGGUGAAUUUAUUUAUUUAUGAUGUGAAAAGGAGGGGAAGGCUGGUCAAGGAGCUAAGCCCAAAAAUCAGAGCAGCACAACAUAGCACAAAGGGAGACACCCAGGAGAGAGGUCACAUUUUGGCGGGAGACAACCACGUGUCCUUCUGUAUGAGUUCUGGAGAACCCGCAGGGACUGACGGGCUGUAACACCCCCAGCUCCCCGUGCAACAGCGACUGCGAACUUCAGCAGUGCUGAAGGACAGUCAGACAUUCGAUUAAAAACAAAACCACCAGCACAGAGUCCAAAGCACCUCCUGUCUUUUAGUAUUGGUGGGUGUCCUCUGCCUGGGGGGAGCCCCAGAAAUACGUGCCAACAGCACUCGUGAGUGACCAAACCUGGUAGAGGCCCAGGGAGUUUCAGGCUGUUUGUCAUGUGCAGACAUUGACCCAGUGCCGAGCUGCCCCCUCUAAUUCGUAUUUCGUUAAUUAAAAUGCCUAUUUUUA